CAGCAAAUAAGAGCUGUGCACCCCGUUUGGCCUUCAUCUGCUCAAAGCAUAUGGAACCCUAGCUGACGCAAUCGAGCUCGCGAUUCCUCUUUAAAUGUUUAACGAUUGAGUUUAGAAAAAAAAACAACUUAAGGAAACAACUAUAAAGAGGGAAUUAGCAGCUUUUUGGAGUGAAGCACUUAGCAGGAUUGUCAUCAAGAUCACUUCCUGUAGAUGGACAAAGAUAACAAUAUCAUUUUUGAUGGAAACAGUGAAAGCCGACUAUAUGUAGGCAACCUUGAUAUGAGAAUAACAGAAGGCGCUCUCAUAAAAAUGUUCUCUCCAUUUGGAAAAAUCGUGUUUGAGGACUUCCUUUGGCAUACUCGUGGCCCAAAACGCGGCGAGCCACGUGGCUAUGCAUUUGUCCAGUUCAGCACCAUGGAGGAAGCUAAACUGGCCAAGGAGAAGAUGCAUGGGAAAUUGGCAUGUGGAAGACCUUUAGUAGUGCGACUUGCUAAAGAGAAGUACUUGAUGGAAAUGACUGAAAAAUCAAGUGGUAGUGGUAGUGGUAGCGAGUCAAAUGGAUUGGGUAACGGGUCGGGUCAAAUGGCCCGAAGUGCAAAAAUAGCUGCAAUAAAGAACAAAUUGAAGGCCAUGGAAGAAAAUGAUCAUGUUACAAAGAGGCAGAAGCAAAAGUAGAAAGAUAAUGCAAGUUGUGUUUUUAGUAUUUGUAUGAGUAAUGGAUAUCUCUCUCGAU